AUGGCUCUAGAGAUCAAGGUGGUUGAUCCGCCGACAAACAAUCCCUCCGCCGCACAAACUUCUCCGGCGAAUGGUCGUCAGAGGCAACAACGAACUUCUUUCGCUGAGUUUCGGCCGUUCAAGCUUUGGUUUCCGUGGCUUGUUCCAGCUAUAGUAGUGGCUAACAUUGCUCUCUUUCUCGUCUCGAUAUUGGAGAAGAUGGGGGCAUUAGAUGUAACAAUUAAUGGUGGUUCAAAAGCACCAGGUGUGGCGCUUGUUCACUUGUAUAUGGCUACAUGCUGGUGUUUUUCACGUCCUUGCCAACAUGUUGAGUCUUAUCUUCAUCGGCAUUCGUCUCGAGCAAGAAUUUGGAUUCGGUAUGGAUCUUUGCCUUUUACCUUCAUCCUUCAAAGCUCAUCCUCUUUUGAUUCUUGGACAGUACGCAUUGGAUUGCUCUAUAUGAUCUCUGGAUUUGGUGGAAGUUUGUUAUCAUCUCUCUUUAACGGGGACGGUAUCUCCGUUGGUGCCUCUGGUGCGUUAUUCGGUUUGCUUGGUGCUAUGCUUUCAGAGCUUUUAACAAACUGGACUAUAUACGCUAAUAAGUUUGCAGCUCUUUUGAAACUCGUUUUCAUCAUAGCUAUUAAUCUAGCAGUAGGUAUACUUCCACAUGUAGACAACAACUUUGCACAUCUCGGAGGAUUCUUUUCCGGGUUUCUUCUAGGAUUUGUGUUCUUGAUCCGUCCUCAGUAUGGAUACUUUAACCACAGGAACAAUCCUCGUGGCUAUGCUGCUGCGCCUUGUGCUAAGUCCAAGCACAAGCCGUACCAAUACGUUCUUUGGAUCACUUCUUUACUGUUUUUGGUAGCAGGAUAUACUGUUGGACUCGUACUGCUUCUUCGAGGGACGGAUUUGAACAAACAUUGUUCUUGGUGUCAUUAUCUCACUUGUAUGCCUACGUCGUUAUGGAACUGUAACUCUCAAAAUGUGUACUGCCAGUUAAUAAAGCUAAGGAUGAUUGUGGAGUUGGAGCAGUCGAGCCAAAUUGGGAAGCAGAUGAACUUGACGUGUGUCGCGAAUGGGAGAACAGAGAUGUAUAAGCUUGGUAACGAUAACCAGUCUCAGAUUCAGCUGUUGUGUUCUCAAUUAUGCAGUUGA